AUGGUGGCUGAGUUAAAGAGUGAGCUGUACCACGUGUCUCGCAGUCUAGUGCAAGCACGCCAGCAGGCGCGCAUGAGUGAGGAGACGUGCGCUGAGCUGCGUCGACGCUGUCAAGGCCUAGAGACAGAGAAGCAGGGACUGCGGCUGGAGCUGCAGCAGGCGCAGGAGCGACUGCAGGCGCGCCAAGCGCAGACAGAGGAGCAGCGCCGCGAAGCGGCAGAAGCGAAGCUGACGGUGCUCUCCUUGACCGCCGAGCGUGACGAGCUGUCAGCCAAGGUGCAGGAAGCCUGGGAUCGCGUUGCAGAGUUCAGUGCUGCGCUGCGCCGGCAGGAGACCGAAAUGCAGAGGCUGCAGGCGGGCAUUACGACUGCCCAGCACAGCAAGGAGCUCACCCUGCAGCAGCACUCCCACAUGGAACAGCAGCUGCGCAUCCUGCAGGAGCAGCUUCGUGUGCAUGAGACGGACGAGCACGCCAACGCUGCAGCACGGCAACGGCUCUCGGCGGCUCUGCAAAGCGCGUUGGAACGCCUUGCCGAACUACUAAGCAACGUGGCCUACGGCUAUCAGCGAAGUCUUGCGGACGAGAGUCGGGACGAUGAGGAUGGCACCGCGAGCGAGAUGUUCGCGCGUGUUACUGCGAAUAGCAAGGCAGCCUGCGACGAGGCCGCUAGCACGCAGAACCACGCCAGCGACGUCCCCCAUGUCGUGCUCUUCCCUGCCAACUCUCACGCCACUAGCACACCCACUGAGAAGGCGCUCAUGGAGACGCGGCCGUUGCGACGGCGCGGCUCAUCACAUGAAAGCGCGCGUGUGUAUGCUGAGAAUUUACUGCACAGCGCAGAGGCUGCAGUGCUAGGGGACCUGUGGGGACCAGAGCGACUGUCACAGCCGCCAUCCGCACCGUCGCACGACGGGUUGAGCAACUCACCUGCGACGGCUAGCGCCGACCCUGCUGCCGUCACACCACCAGAGCGACGCCCCCCCUCGCCGUCCAGCUCACGCCAGGCACUCGUGCAGAGCCACCGCGCAAGCACGUCCCGGGAUGUAACCGGGAGGGCGGAGGCGACGUCACAACUAUCUGCCAGCACGACUCUGGCAGAGGAGGCGAGUCUGCGCACCGCCCUCACGCCCCUGCUACUCGCGCUAAAGCACGUCGCCACGAUGCUGAGCAACGUGCGACAUGAGCGGCGGCGCUGGGUAGCGGAGGCGAUGCACUUUAAGCAGUGCUACGAGGAGGUGCAGCAUCAGCUGGAGGCGGCGCAGCACGUGUCAGCGUCACAGGAGAGCCAGGCGGAGGUGUCGCGCUCACACAUCGGAGCGCUGCAACGCCGCGUAGAGCAGGCCGAGGCCGCCUUGCUGGAGUGCCGUAGCGAAGACAUGCGCCGCCGUGGAAGUCUGGCACAGACGCUGGCGUGUGCGGAGGACUGGGCACUCAUUCAACACUCGGUCGAGCUGCUCCAGGUUCGCCACAACGAGCUCAGCAAGGACCUUCAGCAACUGCAGGAGCAGCAGCAGGCCGCCCCAGCCGUUGGGGUCGAGCGCAUGGAGCAAGCCGCUUGCGCGGCGGCGGCGGAGGUGCGGUACCAGCAGCUCAAUCAGCAGUACCGCACCUUAAAGGAGUGGGUGGAGACAACGUGGCCGACGGCGAGCCGUGACUUCCCACCACCGCAGUCAAGUGAGCGCUGUGCGGGCAGCGACAUGCCCGUCGCGCCUCCGACAGUGCAAUCUUUAUUAUCCCCACCGCCAUUGCCACCGCCAGCGGAGCACGGGGCUGCCUCAGCUCCUCUUGGCGCCAUUCCCACCGCCGCCAACGCAGCCGCACCUGUAGCAGAACAGAGUUGUUCUCCUUCAACGUUGCUGCACGGCAUCUUAAUGACCCCUGCGACAGUGUCCACCUCUCAUCAGCGCGGCGAGAAGGGGGCACGGGACGCUGAUGUGUCGCCGACGCACCAAGUUGGGGGCGUGCGUGGAGGUGACGCCAGCACCGCACCCCGCGAAACAGCGUCUGCAUCAUCUGCUGUGGCGAAUGGAAAGACGAACACACUCGUCCAGCCGUGUGUUGGGCAGACGUCGUUGCAAUCGGCGUCGUCGUUCCCAUCCUCCUUCCCCACCCCUGCCGAGGUGGAGAACCGCGUGCAGGCUCACGCCCGCGCCCCCGCACCCCUUCCGCGCGCCGGCGCGCCGGCGAUCAACGGAGUCGCUGGCCCGCCGCGUUUCACAUCACCACCAAACACGGCGUAUCCAGAUCCACUAAGCGGCCCCUCGUCCACGGCGGCGUGGCCGCUCGUGGGUGACAACCCAUAUGACGCAGAGCGCAUGCUACUGGCGUCGCACCACCGUGGCCAGGGUCGCUUGUGGCCGAGUGUCUCCGCGCCGUAUGCGGCGCCUUCACCGCCGCCAUCCUCGACAGCGCGCUAUGCCAGCAGCGAUGUCGUCACCCCACCGGACCUUCGCCGAUCCUACGUGAGCGAAGACACUGACUGCGGCGUCACCAAUGGCGCGGUGGACUACUCCUCUAUGUUCGCUACCGAGGUGCUGCAUGUGAUCGAGGCGUUGGAUCGACGGGUCUCUGGGGCACUCGACAGAACCCUACAUGUGUAG